CCCUCACGCGAGAUUUCGUCCUUGUCCUAGUCUGACUGCUGGGAGCCGUCGCGCUCUUUUCGGCGCGGCGGGAGAGGUAGACGGAGGUUCGUUGUGGGCGAUCUGGUCUGCUUUGCGGACCCGAAAACUGGGUAAGGCAGAGGAAGAAAAGUGAUGGCUCAAUCAGAAGUGAAUUCUGUUGACUCUGUGGCAUCGGAUAGAGAUGGAGAUGCUGGAAACCAAAGUGAUGACUCAUCUGAUAACAGCUUAUUUAAAACACAGUAUGUUCCUUCACCUACACAAAAGCAAAGACUCCCUUCUGUGAAAUGUGUUACUUCACCUGCUAGUGUUGAAACAGAUUCAUCAAGUGACUCUUCUCUAGAGCCAAGGCCUCUGACUUUAAAGGCUAUUUUUGAAAGAUUUAAGAAAAAGAAGCGGAAAAAGAGGAAAAAGACAAAAUACAAGCCAAAAUUAAGACCAAGAGGAAGACCAUCUGGAUCAAGGAACACUAGAAGGUCACAAAUAGAUGCAAAACAAAUUAAAGACAAAGGAGCUGUGUUUCCAUUCUUAGAAUCUGAAAGUGGAAGAAAACCUUUACCUUGGAAGAAAAUUUUAACAUAUGAGCAAGCUGUUGCAAGAGGAUUUUUUCACCACAUUGAAAAACUCAAGUAUGAACACCACCUUAAGGAAUGCUUGAAGCAGAUGCAUGCUGGGGAAGAUUUAGAAAAGGAAGACCUUGAUAGCCGUAGACACAAGUAUAUGGAUGAUGAUGGUCCUCUUUCUCCUAUUGAAGAGCCAUUAACUGAAGAUGAAGCAACAAAUCCUCAGUCUGAAUGUGAUAUCAAGUUGGUUGAAGACAGUUGCUUCAUAAUAAGUUCAGAAUUCUCAAGGAAGAGAAACUUAGAACAAGAGAAGAAAGAAUCUACAUUCUCUAAAAAAGUCAAAGCCAAAGAUGCCACACAGAGAGGGCACAGAAGGACCUGGAAAGGAGAUGAACAUGUGAAUAUCAAAGAAGGAAUGGAUAUGAGAAGACUCUUCAGAGAUGUUGGGUGUCACAAGUGAACCCUACCUUAAAAAAUGGUUUAUAAAGAUAAUUGAAGAAGGGUCCCUAAAGUAAAUUGAGGAAAUCCUCAAAUCUUCUGGUUAAUAACUUAGAAGUUGUGUGACUGCCAUUAAACCAAGGACAGAUAAAAAGAAAGGCAA